AGCGGUCAGACCCCAUGGAGAACAGACCGAAUCAUGUGCCAGCAGCAACACUUUCCGAACGACAACCUGGGACACACACACACACACACACGCACAUAGAAAGACAGAGACAGAGAGAGAGAGUUUCGUAACUUUGGGAAGUUUUGUGGAGCCAUCGAUAAGUGGACUUGUCGUGUUUUUUAGAGCCUGGUGUCAGAAACACAGCGGAGGGCUGAUCGUCGCCUGCGUCACUUUUUCACCGGAGUUGCCUAAUUGAGUGUCUCACUGAGAGGCAGCCUUUGCCGUUCAGCAAGGCAGCUGUGAAACUAUCGUCUCUCGUCUUGGAAUAGAACUGUAUACUCCAUCUGAGAAGAGCUUGGCCUUUGCAGCCAUGCUGAUGUAUGACUACCCUCUAAAGACAGACAUGGAGACGUCAUUCUACUCUUCGUUAGUGAAAACCCCGGAGCAAUACGGAGUGAUCUUCUCCCAUCCCGCCCACCUCUUCCACUCCACGCACAUGCACGCCUUCACCCAGUCCCAAUCCCCUAGCAACCUCACACACACCCAGCUGGAGCCUGUGGACCUGUCAGUCAGCAAGCGUUCGUCCUCCACUUCUUCUUCCUCCUCCCCUCCCUGCUCCUCUGCCUCCUCCCCGGCCUCCUCACACAGCUCCCCGCCUUCCCCCUACAGCUCGGCUCCCCGCCCCUCCCCCCGCUGCUCCCCCCCACAUUCCCAGCUGCGCUCCUCGCCCCCUACUUCCUCACUUUCUUACUCCACCAUGGUGGCUCCCAUGAUCGGCUCAGGAGCCGGAGUCAUCCAGGGGUCAGGGGUCAUGAUGUCUCCAGUCAUGUUGCCUCUGUCUGUCCUCUACCCUUCGUCUCUCCACCUGCAUCAGUCCAUUAUGGUGAGCCCACCUGUCGCCAAUGAUGACGACCAUCAUCGAAGCAGGGAGCUCUACCCAGUUCACUGUGGUGACACCCAUGACCUGCACAAGCCGGUCAAAACAGAGCCUCGCCCUGAGCUUGCUCAUGACAGGCACAGCAGCCACGAGAUGAAAUCAUCAGUCGUCAGAAUACCACACGAAUACGGGUGUAACAACCCAUCAGUAAUAGUUCAUUCGGGCGCAAAGCAUCCUCUCCCUGCCGAGUCUCCCGACACACUGAAAAAGCGGCGAAUUCACCGCUGCGACUUCAAUGGCUGCAACAAAGUGUAUACCAAGAGCUCCCACCUCAAAGCACACCGCAGGACACACACCGGUGAGAAACCCUACAAGUGCAUGUGGGAAGGCUGCACAUGGAAGUUUGCCCGUUCAGAUGAGCUGACGAGACACUUCCGCAAGCACACAGGAGUCAAACCGUUCCAGUGCCCCGACUGUGAACGCAGCUUCUCCCGGUCCGACCACCUGGCUUUGCACAAGAAACGCCACCUCCUGGUAUGAAACCCUCUGAAACCAGGCAGCUUAAAAGAAACUUGGUGGUGGUUUCAACGUUGGACUGUACCACUAAGACCUAAUGGGGGAUUUUAAAGAGUUUGCCUUAAAUGUUGGACUCCAUCGUGGAAUGGGGAAAUGUUCCUCAGGGUGCAAGUUUAGACUCUUUCUUCACUUUAGCUUGAAAGUGAGCUGGUAUCAGCCUACUUGUCAUCUAACCCUCACACCUUCCUGUUUGAAAUUUUAUCAUCAGCUCAUUUUGACAUGAUGUUGUACUAGACCUCUGACCAGCUGAAGGUCCAGACGCUU